AUUGACCUCAAAAUGGAGCUUAAAUUCCUUCAAAACACUUGUGAAGACAAGACCUUCGUGAACCCAGCCAAGCCAGAGGAGACCUUUACGUGUACAGAUCUGAUGAACGACUACAAGUUGUGCAAGAGGCAGAGAAGGAUGGCUGAGUACGACCCUAAAGCACAAGUGGCCAGGUGAUUUGAGUUCAGAAAGUUGUCUGUCAAGUGAUUUUGGUAUGAUGAUGACCAGUUUAAUAAUGUUUUACUCGAUCUUUAUGAGGAAAAGAAGAAGUAUGUGCAGUAUUUAGUUGAUGAAGGAAGUGUUAUUGCUGAGGACUAUUUGAGUAAAAAUGAUGUGUUUGAUAUCAGGGAAAACUCUCUUUUCAAAGAUAUUCAAUAA